AUGCGAGUGAAACCGCACGCGCACGCGUUCGAUCGCGCGUUCUACGCCAAACUCGCGGGCGUGUCGUUCGUCAUCGGCGCGGCGUUCGAAGCCUUCAUGUUGAAGACGGAUUUUUACGCCAAAGUCGUGCACAUCGAAGCCGAGCGCAGAUUCCUCGCCGAGCAAAGGCGCGAAGGCGAGGGCUCGCGCGACGUCGGGUCGCGGUCCGCGUCGUGA